AUGCCAUCCUCGGAUAACCAAGUCAACGAGGCUGCCGAUGCGUCAUGUAGCCGGUUCUCUAAAGACUUGGUGGUGGUCUCCGCAUACCGGCCAAACCCUCCAGGUAAGGGCGAAUCUACGGUAUGGGCGCAACACCGCAGCUUCUUCCGCUCUCAGGGCAGACAGCGUGAUCCAAGGGAGGCGUUUAUGGUGGAUCUUUUACAUGCGAUAACUCAAUGGCGCGACAAGGGGUGUGAAGUGAUUGUGGGCGUGGAUGCUAAUGAGGAUGUCUCCUCAUACCAGGAUUCUUCUUUUCGCCAGCAACUUCGCAGCAUAGGAUUGGAGGAAGCUAUCCUACAACGUCAUCCAAGUCAAACUGCAGCAACCCAGCAUCGCAACAAACGUGGCAGACCCAUUGAUGGGAUUUUUGCAACUUCCGGAGUGGUGGUUAAAGCGGGUGGCUACUACAACUUUGAUGAAUUUUUCGCCUGUGAUCAUCGCGGUCUGUGGAUUGAUAUUGAUUUGGAACGGACUCUUGGCAGCUAUCGUCCGGAGAAGACACCAUACAAGCCUCGCAAAUUGACAAUGCUUGACACUGCGGCUGUUUGA